AUGCACGACAUUGAAGAAGCAACCGUGACCUUCCGCAAGUCAAACUUGACGGUCAAGUGGUUAGCAAAAGAUCGACUAUCGUUGCUUCAGUUGGCGGAAAAGUCUGGGUUGACUCCCGACUUUGGUUGUCGCUCGGGAGCUUGCGGCACCUGCGAAGUGAAGCUGUUGAAAGGUCUGAUUGAAGGCUGCCUCGAAGGCGAUGAUGGCGUUUUGAUAUGCUGUUCCAAGCCCGCCAGCCUGGAGAUCGAACUCGAGUUAUGA